AUGAAUUCAACAACAGCUCCUACAUCUUCUAAUAAUACAGUCCUCGUAACUGGCGGAUCCAGUUUCUUGGGCGCAUACACCAUCCUUCGUCUCCUCGAAAGAAACCAAUACUCGAUCCGCACGACUGUUCGAACUCCAUCUCGCAUCGAAGAAACGAAAUCAAGCCUUCGCCAUGGUGGUGCCACGGACGAACAAGUGGCCAGCAUAGAUUUCCUCGUAGCGGAUCUCUUCACCGACGAUGACGAGACAUGGCAAAAGGCGUGCACAGGCGCUCGAUAUGUAAUCCACAUUGCGGGAAUGAUCCCGACAGGCAAAGAGAAGAAAUUGGAAGAGCUACUGGGUCCAUUGAAACAAGGCGUCUUGAAAGUCCUAGGCGCAGCAAAAACGGCGAAUGUAGAGAAGGUGGUCUUUACCAGUUCCAUUGCUACGUUGGCACAUGGGCAUGGUACGCGUGAUAAGACGGAGCCUUUUACGGAGCAGGAUUGGACGGAUUUGUCGGGGAGUAAAGAGWCGGUACAUAUCUAUCCUCGUGCAAAGACUCUGGCGGAGCAAGCUGCGUGGGAGUAUGUGAAUGAUGGGGAAGGCAAGGGAAUGCAGUUGUCGGUUAUUUGUCCUGCUGCCAUGUAUGGACCUUCUUUGAAUAAGGACUACCGAGCAAGUCUUAAACUCAUUCUCAUCCUAUGUGGCGGGACGCCUGGUAUGCCAUAUUAUGGUACGGGAAUGGUGGACGUAAGAGAUGUUGCCGAAUUACACAUCCGAGCCAUGGAAUCCUCCAUAGCCAACGGACAACGAUAUCUGGCCAUAGCGAAUAAAAACUCGGCUGAAGCGGAAGUGUGCGAAUUCGUCGAUAUCGUGAGUUCGGCCGAUAUUCUUCGCAGAGGCCUUCCUGCGGAACAUACUCAAAAGAUCACUACACGUAUGAUUGCGAAUUGGGUUAUGCGUUUGGCGUCUUGGUUUGAUCCGGUUGUGACGUUGUGUCUUCCGGAUCUUGGAAAGGAGUUGGCUGGAUGUAAUGCGAAGGCGAGAUUGGAGUUGGAUUGGAGCACGAUUACGGUUGAGGAGUCUAUACUUGCCAGUGCGAGGAGUUUGAUAGAUUUUGGCUUGAUCUAG